GAGUAGUUUGGGGUCAUGGAGGGGCGCCGAACUCCCCUGAAACUCCACCUUCGCAGCAGACCCCGAGGCGACCCGUCAGGACGCCAGAGCUUCAGCGGUGACCACCCGGUAUCCUCAUCACAUUCGUGCCGACAGCCCAUGGAGGACCAAGGCUCGGGGGGCGGCCGCCUGCCUUUAGCGCUGCCCCCAGCCUCCCAGGAUUGCCCGUCCGGGGGCGACGGCUCCUCGGCGGGUGGCUCGGGCAACCCUCCGCCCCCGCGCAGCCUCCAGGGUCUGCUGGAGAUGGCCAUCACCGCGGGCUCGGAGGAGCCAGACCCCCCUCCAGAACCCAUGAGUGAGGAGAGGCGUCAGUGGCUGCAGGAGGCCAUGUCGGCUGCCUUCCGGGGCCAGCAGGAGGAGGUGGAGCAGAUGAAGAACUGCCUCCGAGUGCUGUCCCAGCCCACACCCACCUUGGCUGGUGAGGCUGAACUGGCCGCUGACCAGCAGGAGCGAGAGGGGGCCUUGGAGCUGCUGGCCGACCUCUGUGAAAACAUGGACAAUGCUGCAGAUUUUUGCCAGCUGUCGGGCAUGCACCUGCUGGUGGGCCGGUACGUGGAGGCCAGGCCUGCGGGGCUGCGCUGGCGGGCGGCACAGCUCAUUGGCACGUGCAGCCAGAACGUGGCAGCUAUCCAGGAGCAGGCGCUCGGGCUGGGGGCCCUGCGCAAGCUGCUGCGGCUGCUCGACCGGGAUGCCUGUGACUCGGUGCGCGUCAAAGCCCUCUUCGCCAUCUCCUGUCUGGUCCGCGAGCAAGAGGCUGGACUCCUGCAGUUCCUCCGGCUGGACGGCUUCUCCGUGUUGAUGCGUGCCAUGCAGCAGCAGGUGCAAAAGCUGAAGGUCAAGUCGGCAUUCUUGCUGCAGAACCUGCUGGUGGGCCACCCUGAACACAAAGGAACCCUGUGCUCCAUGGGGAUGGUCCAGCAGCUGGUGGCCCUCAUCCGGACAGAACAUAGCCCCUUCCAUGAGUACGUGCUUGGAGCCCUCUGCAGCCUGGUGACAGACUUUCCCCAGGGCGUGCGGGAGUGCCGGGAGCCGGAGCUGGGCCUGGAGGAGCUCCUCCGCCACCGCUGCCAGCUGCUGCAGCAGCACGAGGAGCACCAGGAGGAGCUGGAGUUCUGCGAAAAGCUGCUACAGACCUGUUUCUCCAGCCCGACGGAUGACAGCAUGGAUCGGUGAAACAGUGGCUUCCCGCCUCUCCGAGGAAAUCCCAGGCUUCCUGCCUCCCUCCCUCCCACGAGGCCCUCUCUCCGAGGGGAGCAGGGUAAUGGUGCCAGGCCUGGGCAUGCCAGCGUGUCUGUGUUCAGCCCCCAGGGGGCCCUGAGAAAGGCACAUGCUCCUUGGACCCCACCUCCCAUGCUCUCCACUUCCCCUCCUGUGUCCACUGCUCUUCCAAUAAAGGUGUUUCUUCUCCUCC